CACUGGAAGUUUGACAAGAAUAAACUGCAUUGUAAAAAACGGAGCCAAAGCCCAGAUCAUCAGAUAAGCAGAGAGGAUAAACCCCACACACUCACUAAGUCCUCUCCUGUGUGUGUGAUGCAUGUGAUGAGGGCGGAGCUUCCUUCAGCUCUCACUGCACAGAGAGUGUGUGUGGAGGAAUUCACCCCUGAGGAGGACAAAUUAAACACACUAAGUGAUAAACACGGAGAGCAGGUUGCUAUCUGUGAUUUAAAUAGAGAAUCUAGCUUUGCCAUGACAUCAGAACAGAGGCACGCUAAACUCAAACGAGUGGAACGCAUCAGAGAGAGAGUACUAAAGAGCGCACUGAGGCGGAGUGACUCUGCUCAUCCUCUAAAAUUUGUUGGUGUCAGAGAACCUGGUCAGAGAUCCACAGGCUCCGUGCAAACUGAUCCGCCCCCCUCACCCUGUGACAUCAAUCCUUUUUCAACCCAUCACAUUUCAACACUUAAAAUAAACAACAUGGCAUCUGAGGAAACAGAUCAGAGUCUGAACUGCUCCACCUCAACCAAUCAGAGGGCAGAAUGGUUUCUCUCCACCAGCCAUUGGCAGGACUUCAUUCCCCUCAACAUUCAGGAAGAGGAGCUGUCACCAACCAAUCAGGAUUCAGAACUCUCAUUAUCAUUAGUUAGCUCAGACCCUUUCUCCAAUCAGUCAAUAGUAACAUCAUCUGACAGUCAUGUGAUAGUCCGGUCUGAGAGCCCAAGAAUGGAGCUGUGUAUCUAUGAGGAGAUUCAGCACAAAGCUUCAAAAUCAUCUGCAGAGGAUGAUGGGAGUGUAGUGGGUGGAGGCAAAGCACAAUUUUUAAACUAUUCUAAUCAAAAUGCUGACUCUCAUCUCUCUCUCAACCAAAUCGCAUGUGUAGAUGUUGGAAGUGGGGAGGGUGUUGAGGCAGGAAAAGAAGCAGGAAGUGAUAUAAUAAUCAGUGCCAAAGCUACACAACCUACUUACAGUCGUUGGAGUAAGAGCUCAGUAACUAAUCACACUGACUCCUUUCUCAAACCUCGGGUUACUGUGGUGAGCACCAGCUUAUAGGCACGGACAAUUAAAUAAGAUAAAAAAUAUAAAAGCAUUAAUGAUUAUAAUAAGAUUUGCUUUAAUGUGUUUGUACCUCAGAUUUGGUUUUAUAAUGUCAUUUAUAUUAAACACUACAUAUGACAGCUAACAGAUUUUUCUACAUGUAUGGAAAAACUCCAUCUUAUUUAUGAUUUGAACAAAAAGCUGACCCAGUUAUUUAUUUAUUGUAAAACUGUGUUCAUUUUUAUUUGUUUUAUUUUAUUGAUUUUAAUCUAUAUUAAUAUUGCUGUGUGGUCAGACAAGUAGCAAAAAGUAGCUGUGUGGCCACACUACACAGACGUUAAAGAUAUCAAUCAGCCCCAAUUAUAGCAGAUACAUAGUUAUGCCUAAUCAUUACAAACUACCCAAUAAAGUCGGCCCAAUAUUAGUA